UUUACCACAGUGCAUUGGAUAAGUGAGAGCAGGUGACCGUUAGUAACCUUUUCGCAACUCUCGCGAUACUUCUGAGCGGAAGAGUCGACCGUUCCUUCGUAGUCAACUGGAGCCGCUUAUGUUGUAGAGCCACCAAUAACCGACGACAGCUUUGGACGACAGGAGGAGAGCGAACUGUUUGUUUGUGAGUUUACCAACCAAACGGGAGCUUAUACUUGUUUGUCUGCGAACAAACGCCCCCCCUUUGUCUGUACGGAGACGAGGCAAGUGUUUUCAUGUUGGACAAUUUACAGUAUUUGCGGGGAGACUUCCAACUGGCGGAUCGCAUCAGUUCGCCCGGAGGGUCAUCGUCAGAGACGACACCCUCUGCUCCGUCAGCGUACACUGUGUAGAAAAUGACCGGAGAGAAGAUCCGCUCCCUGCGCAAGGACCACAGACCGAGCAAGGACGAGGAUCUACUGGAGCCGGACGAGGAGGCUGCUACUGGGACGUUCACCGCCUCCAAGACGAACAACAAGAGCAGAGCGAGUAAAAUCUUCAGCAAUCACAAGUUAAUUAAAUCUUCAUCCACACAACAGCAACAGCAGAACCAGCAGUCCCAGAUUAAUGCGAACACUAACACACUGUCAUCAUCAGACCUCAUCGAUGACAAUAACAAAAACCCAAUCAUCAGAACCGGGCAGGACUUCCCGGUCCAUGAGUGUGUGUUUAAAGGAGAUGUCCGGCGCCUGUCAUCACUCAUACGAACGCAGAAUAUCGCUCAGAAAGACGUCCAUGGUGAGUGUGACAGCUUUCUUUCUCUGAAAGCACUAUCCCCUAACCUAUCAUGAUCAUUAAUCCACAUAUUUGAAGGUGCACUGAAGCUUAGAUCUAGUUUGCUAACAGGCCAUCAGUCAAUGGAAGCACAAAUAGGCGAGGCUUCUCCCUACCACAGGCCUGGAUAACUCAUCCCAAAAACGACAAAUACACUGAUUCCACUACCUUCCAUAUGUAGUUCCCCUAAGUGUGUAAGAUUGGCCAUUUCAUCAGAGGCUUUAACCCCCCUCUGCUAAAACUUUAAGAUGUAGUGUAGUCACAUAAUCUCUCCCAAAUAAGUCUUUUUGCGAGGAGGACUGUGUAUGAGAGAUUGUUUUAGGAGACUGAUAUCAUCCCCCCUGCAGUGCAAAGUCUGCUUAGAUAACAUAACACCAGCGUUUUUAAGGAAUCCCUCCCUGAAGUGACACAAGUUUAGGGCUGUAAUGUUCUUAUUCAUCUGCCAAAACAAAAGAUGGCCUGUGCUUGUACUUGGGCUUAUUGUAAGCCCUGGAAUGUGGUUUGACCUCUGGCAUAAUUUAAUAAAACCUGGUGUAGACAGGGCACCUGCCUCCUGCUAUCGUGAGCUUCUAUUGUUUAAAGAGUUUUUCUUAUUUUUUUGAUACUUUCUGUGGCUCAGUGGAAGAAGUUUUUCUGUGUAUCUGCACAUUUGUUGAGCUGAAACCUGAUACAGAAUUAAACCAGACUAUCAGCAAUACCAGUUAAAGUGAAAUAUGAACAACCCUAUUGAAUUUGAUGACUUGUCUAACAUGAGCCACACCUAGGAGGUAAAGGUUUACAGUAAAUGACUGCCUUCUGUAUGUGCAGUGUCAUCAAAUCAAUGACCUGUCACAUACUGAAAAGACUUGACCGUGAUUUUAUUGUCAGCAAACUAUGUGUUUCACCUGGAGCUUGCCAGGUCCACCAAUUACAAUCAAAUAACAAAAACACAAGACAGAAAAGGUAUCAAAAUAAAAGCACAUUUUUUGAUAUUUUGAUAUGUUUUCUGUCUUUCUUUAAGCUUGCUUUUGUUCCUGCUUUAAACUACAAUAUAUGUAUAUGUAUAGUUAGUAUCCUCAUUGGAAAUGGAAGACUAACAUGUAAGAACUGCAGCUGAUUUAGUGGCAACAGUAAAUGACUUUAUGCAGUUGUUACAGUUGGCGCCUCUGUUGCUCCACUGCCCUACCUCCGCAGUUUAUCACAAAGUGAAGUGGGACUACUGGCUGAUCCUUAGCUUGUGUUUUCACUCACAUCAGGACUUCUACAGGGCUGGCCUUUUUUACUUUGGAUGCUUGCCCACCACUCUCCUCCAGGAAGAGAAGCCUGAAGAAGCUGACAGGGCAUGUUGGCUUCCUCUUGAGGGAUUUUCCAAAUGCUUAUAAGGCAUAUUUUUGAUCCUGGGAAGAAAACCUGAGCCCAUCCAAAUCUGGCUCCAAUGUUAUUUUCUCUGGAUGCUUUUUUUUUCCUUUUGUUAAAUCAUUCAGUGUACGUCAUGUUUGUUUAUAUGCCAUAUCCAAGUUGGUUUAAUUCCAUCUUUUCUCUGUGGUGCAGAAGGUUAAUGGACUGUUAUAUUGCACGUCACAGUAGGAGCACAGAAAAGAGGCAAAUACUUGCCGUAUCAUUUCAGAUUCAGUGGACUCUGCCUCUCAGUUGAAACCUCUAAUUGACUCUGAAUGUGACAGUCUUGAAAGAACAUUGCUUAUCACAGAGUCUUUUUUAUUAUUGUGAUAACCGAAUUCAUUUAACUGAACUUUUUUUUGUCUUUCUGUAGGAAACACACCGCUGCAUCUGGCUGUCAUGAUGGGACACAAAGGUGAGCUAUUUUCAAUGAUUUACCUCAAUGUAGUUUAUUUUUGUCCCGCUGCUAAUGUGGCUUUUCUGAACACACCCCUGCGUGUCUUUUUGCGUGUGUACCUGCUUUAUUUGUGUGUUUUUGUGUGCAUAAUUUGUGUUACGUGUGCGUUUGUCUGGUUGGCACCACCAGACAUUUGUCACAGAGCAUCACGUAGAUCCCAGACAGCAUGGUGCUCAUGCAUGAAUAAAGAGACAGUGUGUUUGGGUUUUUGCUCGGUGAAAACAAGGAUUGAGCAAGAAAAUAAAAUCAAUUUUCUUUUUAAUACAUUUAUAGAAAAUAGUGGAAUAGAUUUGAUUAGUGGGGAUUAGAUAAAGAUGACACAGCAAGAAAUACGAUCCCCACUGUGGUUUCAGUUUCUUGUUCAGAGAAAUGUUCCACCACUGGCUCAAUGACUUCAAAUCUGGCAAAUGAGAUAAUUAGCUUAGAUUAUACAAUCCAUUAACAACUGCACAUUAUUUGAGUUACUCAGUUUUAGUUUUAUGUGACAAAAUUGAGACAUAUGAUUCUGAUUUUUGGCUUGUUUUACACACACAUAAUAGAGCACUUUUCUUUUAAACAAAAUCCCCUGAAAUGUGAUGUAAGCUGUGUUUUUGUAUAUAACACAUUCCAGUCAAAAGAGUCAGUUUGACGUAUUUGUUGGUUAUGUCAGGGUGUAUCAAAGCUCUGUAGAAGACUUCACAUGAAUUUGUUUUUAGCUGAAAGCAUGUGCAUUAAAUAUUGAUACACUGCCCCUUUAAUAUCAGAAGGAGACCUAAGAACAUGCUUUUUAAAAAUUAAUCCUUGUUUUUACAGUGGGCUUUCAGAGAAGCAUUGGGUUACUCAUUUGGCACGUUUCCAUUUGUUUAGCAACUGUCUUUCGAGCGCAGGUUUCAAUUGAUUCCACAUUGGCAGAGUUCAAAUCCUGCCACCGGAGUAAAGGCCCUGCAGCUGCUUAUCGGUGAUAGAGACUGUGACAGGGUGAAGUGUAGUGGAUGGGAUGCUAUAGGGUUGAUUGGGCUAAUGAGGUUGCCCUAUCUCCUGCCUGAGCAGCCUCCCGUUCUCCUGGGAUGCUCAGACCAGACAGGCUGAAGGCUACAGCAUGAGAUCAUAGUCUGGGUGUGGCUGGCCUGUUGGGAUGGAGGGGACAAGGCCCUCUCUGUGUACAGCUGAGUGUCUGUGUUAUGUACAAGGCUGGCACUGACUGAUAUGUAUCUGCAGUCCCGUGAAUUUGAGUCUCGGCUGUUGAACAGGUGAGGAAUACAGUCUAACAAACAGAGCAUAGAAUAUACUGGGUAUGUGUUCCUGCAAAUGGCAAGAAAUAAAACACUGAGGAGUGAGUGUGAUUUAAAGUGCAAGUUAAAUUAACAUUAGUCCAAGAAGAACCAUCUGCACAGCAGUGUGCACUUGUGCUUUUUUGAGACACUCAGGCUCUUAUGAUUAUUACAACAGAGCAAAAGCUCAUCAAGUCAUAAUGCAUUAUCCACACUUAUUUUGUAGGAACAACGUAUUGUGCCGACUUUCUGCUGCCAGAGCAGCAACACUUCAUACACUGCUGCUGUAACUGAAGAAUUUCCCAGCCAUUCAUUAAUCUGCCAUCUGUUAUUUUUCUCAUUUUAUUGCUUGAAAUCUCUUGGACCUCUUCAUAUAUUUUGCCUUGUGUUACCAACACUCCACACACCAAAUGUGCACAAUUUAAAAAUAUAAAAAUGUUCACAUUCAAAAAGAUGUAAUCAAAUCAUUUCAGGGUAUUUGAUGUGAAAAUGACUGUGAUGUUCCAAGACUCUCAAAACUUGCUUUUUCUUUUCUUUUACUAAAAACAUUUUGUCACAACUCGAGAAAAGACGUACAACAGUAAAUGUGGUAAAAACUGGAAUGUCGAGUCAAUAAACCAACCAUGGUGCAUUUUUCACUGACAUAAAAAUGCAGGAGGUCCCUGUAUGACACAUAAAUGAAAGUGUGUCCUCAACAUGUUCCCUGGAAUUUAGGUUCUUAAGAGAUUAAACCUUAAAACGUGGUUAUACAAACAUUUUAGAUAUGACUCCAUGGUUUAAGUUAUAAGAUUGAGACUUUUUUCUCCCAAGGCUUUGUUUUUGUUGUACCUCUUGAAAGGAAUGAAACCCUUCUGUUUUUGUCCAGUAGUUGUUUCAUGUAUUCCCACUGCUGCAUAGAUAAAAUAAUGACUUAUUAAGAUUUGGUCUUAUGAGCACAAUAUAGUAACUCAGUGAGUGGUAGGUGGCAAUUUGUCUGCCUGGCAGGGUUAGUCUUCAUUAAAAGGCAAAGUUCCUCAUUUGGUCACAUUUUUACUUUGAGAGAGGAGUCCAACAAAUCAAGAGUGGCAGUAGAAGUCUUUUUAAGUAUAGUGAUAUUAAUUUUGUCAGGAGGAAAAAAUCACAGUGGUGGUCUUUGCCUCGGAGUUUGUCUAAUUUGGUCACUGAGUAUGUGAUCGAUGGCAAGGAAGUGAGUGGAAAAGUUUUUUUACUUAUGUACUGGUGCCAGAUGAGAACGGGUGGCGAUGGCAGGGUUUUUAACAACCCACAGAUCCUUUUAACAAACGCUCUAUCCGCAGCCAAUGCACCAAGUGAAGCAUUAGAUUAGCACUUUAUUUCUCCAUCCUCUCUGCCACUCUCAUUCCUCUGUUUGAGUAGUAAGUGACUCAAGCAGCACCUCUGUACACCUCCUGCAUGUGCAAUCAACCCGGAGACCCACAGGGAGACUUCCUUUAAUCAAUACUUUUACCACUGUGAGGCAGGUCGAAUCAAGCAGCCAGCCAAGCUAAUGAGUUAUGGGCUAAAUGUUAAUGUAUCCACACAUCUAAUUUCGAUUUGACUCAAAUGAAUGAACUGCUGUUUGAUUAUUCUUUUCUCGCCUACUGGAAGGAAAAUACAACAAAUAUACCAACCAGAACCGUAUACAGUGAUAACUGUAUUGUAUCACAGAAAGCUGAAAAAGGGGCUUCAGCUAUUCGUAAAUGGGGAAAUAUAUAUAUAUAUUUUUAAAUAUAUACUUCCCACUUUUGUGAGUUGAUGUCUGCAGAGAAAAAAAAAGGAAAGGAAGAUGUAAAGAAAAGAAACUUUGCAUUGCAGAAACACCUGCUCAUUGUACAUUAUCCUGUGAUUUACCUGGCAACGAAGUGAAGCUGUAAACAAGUCGAUAUGAAAUAUUGACUCAAAGAUAAUAUGAUUUUAAAAGGAGUGAUAUUGUUAGCUUAAAAAUAGUCCCUCCAAUUCCAAAGUUGGUCGUUCUUCCAUGGUGAUAUAUUCUUAUACAAGCCCACACACAAAGAAAGAAUUAACUCUGAACUGAACAUUUUAAUCACCUUCAAGUUAAAAGAUUAGCCUGUUAGCCUGAACUGAACUGAACUGAACUGAAAUGUGCUAAACUGCUUUCCAUGGAUUGAUUUGAGAUGUGUGACCAGGCCGUCCCUACUGUUGCUUUUGAUGUUGGGAAUAAAUCGCCAUUGUGAUUGGGUUCUUAUAGAUCGGAAUCAAGUAUUUAGUAAAGCUGAGUGAUUGACAAGAAGGCUGUAAGGCAAUCUUUAAUCACAUGUAGAUUUAUGGCAUAGUCAACAUUUUAAAAACUCUCCAAGCUUGACAGUCCACUCCUUGAACGUUGAGGCGGGCUUAACCAGAUGCUAACAGAUUCAUGGCACAGGACACACAUGGCCACGGCUUUUCCCAUCCAGGGUUAUGUAAUGUAUAUCUGCUAAAUGUUGUCAUUAUUAUUACACAAGCAUUGGAUUUAGCGGGGUGAUAUAUGGGUCGAAGGCCUGAGGGGAGGCUUACAUCAGAGAGAGUGCUCAAGCCCUCGACAUCAGCCUCUGUUAUCAGAAGCGCCAUCCCUGUGCCCGUCAUGGAUCAGACUAAUACAUAAACACAGAGGUCUGCUCUUUUUGUCUACUGAUGUCAGGCUCUUUUUGAGGCACUCAGCACUCUGCAUCCACACUUUCAUAGCGGCAACAUAGCUGCUGCGUUUAAUUAAUGUGGCUGAUAUUGGUCAAACCCUCUGAUGCAGUCAACGUUUGGAGUGCAGUACUUGAACAUGCAGAGCACGCAGAGGAGAAUUGGGCUGAAAUUUAAAAGAAAUCAAACACAGACUCGCCAUGAGCCGAGUCUUUGAACCUCAGCUGCUCCCCUCGUGUCGUUACAAUGACUCCCCUUUGGCCUGUCUUUGUUCAUUUUCUUUGCAGCACUUCCAAAGAACUCUGCACAGCACACAAUGAGUGAUAGUGUUGCUUUUAAUUGUUUCUGUUAGGAAUAAAGCCCAAAAGCAUCGUUUUUUAUAUAACCGCACUCAUGGGACAUCCACACUUCUCUUUGUUGUGUGGACGAAAUGUUUAAUUAGGUAGAGUUUCAAAAUGUAUUCCACUCUGUCAUAAAGAAUGUAUGAGCCCCCCGCCUCUUUCUCAUUAAUAAAACACAGUGAGUAUGUAGAUUGGGGGUGAUGUGGUAGUUUACAGUAUUUGACAAUGUCUCUGUGCUACACUCUGACUCUGUAAUUUAAAGACCUGAGCUUUUUUUCUUUUUUUUUAUAGCUUUCAUACAGAAACAAGUCUGAACAUGAGAGCAGGAACCAGUCUGAAUUUGUUCACAUGACUAAUAGGGUUGACUCAGAGGUUUGCAAUGAAGGAGUGUAUUGAACGUAGAGCUACUGUGUGGCAUUCAUCUGCCUAAAUAAUCAUUAAAGGGCUUGUCUAACAGCUAUAAUAAAGUUCCUUCUCCAUCAAUGGAAAGCUUCACAAAUGCACUCAGCACUCAGCAGCUAGCCUCAGCUUUGUAUUGAGCGGUUUGCUGCUCACAGGGCUGUGACUGUGACUGCCUAAUGCUGAGGCAGCGAGCUGCACGGACGCCAACUUGAUAAUGAAUGAUGUCACGACAAAACUGACAGCCGAGCCGGAACAACAGGCUUCAUUUUUGGCUAGCCGUGGUUUGUUGACACAGUGCCCAGAGAGAGAAGGCAUUUUUUGUGCUGCACCUACUGCUGAUCUGGCCACAGAGGAGCGAUGAGACCUGCUGGCUGUUAUCCCGUUGUUGGAAUACAAGCACAGCUCUGAAGGUUGUCUGUUGUGAAAGUUGAACAUUUAACUCUUUACUCUGUCCUCGUUUUACCGCAGUAUAGGUCCUGAAGUGGAAUGAAGAGUGGUGUGUCGUAACUAUAGGUCCCAUAUGGCUCUCUGGUUAAUGGGUCAGCUGUCAUCUCAAUCCUACACACAAUCUGUCCCUCUGUAAAAGCAGGAUCGUAUUUAUAUCCUUGAUUAGAUAUGAAAGGAAACUUCUCCAGCAGAGAACAGCCAGGAAUUGUUUCAAAAUGUACCACACGGCUCAAAGAAGUAGAUGUGUGAAAAACGUGUGAUCAGAUCAAAAGGAGGGUGUUCAGAGAAAGGCAGAAAAGUAAAACAGUGACAGCAACUUUUACUUGAUUUCGGUGUGGUCUGUGUUUGUUUCAAAUGUCUUACAAAAUUACAGCUCAGCAUAGUGCAGGCACGCAGUUAAAAUUAGUUUCUCUGGUUUGUUUUGGCACCAUGGCAACAUCAAAGAUGGUGACAAGCAGAAGCGUAUUAGUUUCAACUUACAUAAGUCCUAUCAAGACAUUGUAAAGCUGUUGUGUUCAAACAGGCAUUUCCUGUGCAUGUUUGAAACUGGUCAUGCACGUCUUUUUCUAGGUGUGAAAGCUUUGUAUGGAUGUGUGUACGAUCGACUCCUCAGAGCUGAUUCACCCAUGACGUGUCCUCAAAUGAAACGGUUUUUUUUGUUUUUAACAGGGCCAGCCCCUUUUUCUGUCAAUAUGUUUCUCUAAUUUGUCUAAAAAAGAAGGCAAGGCAAAAAUGAUCAAAUUAAAACAGUUCCAUUCAACUCCAGGCUCCCCUUUAAGACAGGAUAAUUAUUUUUGCUUCAGUUCAAAAGCUAAGUAGGAGUAGCGCUCCAUUUGUAUUUUUAUCUUUUAUUGCCUGGCUGAAAAUUGUCAGGGUCCCCUCUGUGAUAAAGUUAAGGAAGGAAAUUAACUGUGAAAGCUUUUUGUCAAACUUUUUAUUAUUUUUUUUUCAAUUACACCCACAAUCAAAACUCAAAUGUACUUAUCAGUGGCCACUCUGCACUUACAAGCAAACAGUUUACAAUACUAAAGAGGAGCGGCAGAGCAUGUUUUUGUCUUUUGGUCUAGGAUGGGACAUUGAAUAGUUUCAAAACCCACUUCCUUUAGUAGUGGUUCCUCUGAAGUUGCAUAUUCAGCUUUUGGAUGGAAGCAUCAAUUAGGAUUUCAAACAGAAGGUCAAGGGAAAAGGCCACCUCUGAUGUUGCUUCGCUGGUUGUCACUGCACCAAAGAAUUGCUGAUCUUCUUGUAAAGCACACAGAGGUUCACUGCAAGUGCCUUGACUCUAAAUGAACCUGUGCGCUAACAUUAUCCCUAAGCAAACCUGUGCUUUUCCUCAAAAAUCUGCCCUGAAGACUAAAACAAACAGAGCUUUGUAAUGGAGCGCACACUGAGUCAUGUUUGGAGAGCACAUAUUUAUGUAAAGAUGUUUCUCCUCUCAAGUGUUGUUUGUGCUCCUGCUGUUUGGUUUGUAUACCGUUCACGUGUGUGUUGUUUUCCUUCGUCGUAAAAAUAAGUAAAGAUCGAACUUUUGUGUACCCUUCUUACAGAGUGUGCCCACCUGCUGCUGGCCCACAAUGCACCUGUAAAGGUGAAGAAUGCUCAGGGAUGGAGCCCACUCGCCGAGGCUAUUAGCUAUGGAGACCGACAAAUGAGUAAGUAUCCACCUGAAACAAACUUCACCUCACAGUAACACAUAGACAUGAUGCCAGUCAUCGAUCUGCCAGUUUGGGUUUUAUUUGUUUAAAAACACAGAUAAAGGACAAAAACAAGUUCUGACCAACAGAUGCAGAUCAACAGUUGCCUCUGCACAUUCUUCCACACUGCUGCCUCUGAGCGAGGUCAUGCUGCUGCCCUGCCUCCUUUGUCCCCUCAGAGUGAGGGGACAUUCCUCAAGGCCCUCUGGCUUUGUGCUCUUAUGAAAGGCAAUUCAUUAGAUGUUUCUCUCUCUCCUCAUAGGCCGAUUAUGCUCAAGCCUUCGUUUCGCCUGUUUUCCACCCACAGAAACUCCAAACUUUGCCAAAACUGUUUGGAAGUUUAAAAAGAACUAUUUUGCAAAAGUAAAAGGGUUAUGUCGAUCGUUGCACUAGGUCACUUACACUGUAGACAUUUUCUUAGCUGAAAGUAAUGGAGUAUUAUUAGCACCUGCAGCCUCAUUUUAACAAAUGAAAUAUUUUUCAAAGUGUGCUUGGUCCAGCAUUUUUUAUUCCCCCUUUUAAGUUUUGUUCAGUUUGGUUAAAACUUGUGGCAGGAAUGAGAUACCGAAUACGAGUAUGAAACAGAAUCUCAAGACUACAGGCUUGGCUCAGGUGAUGAAAGUCUAUUGUUUUAAUGUUAUAAAUAUAUAUGUAGUUUAUAUAUAUAUAUUGUCAUUACAUGGUAACUGUCAAGUUCUAGUAUUAUACCAGUCCAUUGGGGGUGGGAGAAAAAAUCGAGACAGCAUAGUAUUGCGAUAUUUUGUCUGGUGAGACAUCGUAUUGUCUCAUUUACCAAGUAUCUAUUUGUCAAAUUAAUUGCUAUUAUGAAGUCAAAUCUAUAAUAAUGGAAAAAAUAAUAUCAAUUUUUUAUCCAGUGCGGUUGGCAGAGGUGACAUCAAAGAGCAGGAGAAAGUUAUUGCAACAAAUAUAUAUAAGGUUUGCAAGAUGUUCUACACGCAAAUAAAAUAGAGCGUAAAAAAGACAAAGAUAAAGGAAAGACAAAUGUUAAAUAAGCUAAACAGUUGAAAAAAUUGUAUUGUAUUGCAAUAUAUUGUAUCGCAAUACUCACGGUAUUGCAAAAUGUUAAAAAUUGCAAUAAUAUCGUAUCAUGGGACCACUAGUGAUUCCCACCCCUACAGCCUUCAAAUACAUCACUGUGGAUCUGAUAAAUAUUUGGACCCAUUCUGCUUGACUGUAUCUGUAAUUCUGCAGAUAACAAGCCAAAAGUUACAAUGCCCCAUUAAGUCAUUUUACAAUAUGGUUUAUAGUGAAGCUGAAAGGCAGAGCUGUGCUGAAAUCUUUCAAACACACUUAAAGUGUGGGGCUGUUAGGAUGAAGAUGUGGGGGCUUACUGUGCAGCCACACAGCACCAGCAGGAAGCAGUCAUAGUAGGGGGGCAGCUUAAGGUGUCACCAUUGACUGCAUCCUUUAAUUAACUCUCUAAUGCCUCUUACUUACCUGACCAGGUUAACAAGUGUUCCUAUUAACCUUGACUUAAUGGCGCAUUAGUUCUCUGCAGUUUGUCUGCGGAGUUGGCAGGUACUCCUUACCUCGUCUAGUCACCAUGUGAUGCAACUGUAUGACACAUUUUGUGUUUUGAGUUUUAUAAGCACACCUCUCACUUUUUCCACACAAAAAACACUGUAUUUUGCUGCUCCAGAUGCCAAAAUGAAAUGUUGUUCCUUUGACACUGCAAAUACUGCAUUAGCGGCUUGGGCCUGAAUUUUGUUGACAUGCAUUCUGGGAACUUGAGAACAUCUCUUACUAAAAAAAUGUUGUGUUGAGUCAGAAAGUCCACUAUCUAGAGGGCCAGUUCUUGCUGUUGGCUGACCCUCUGUGUGUUCUUCGGUGUUGCUCCACAGUACAGGUCGGUACCUCUGUUGUGACAGCCCAGCCUGGAAAUGCUGUGUCUGCAAACCAUGAAAUGAUUACACUUUGUGUUCCCUCUAUAAAAGCUAACCUUGCUGCCAUUAUGACGGUCAGAAACUGACUGUUUUCCCCCCAUUCAGUGCAAUAAAUGUUGAGUUUUUACAGGUUUAGCCCAGCACAGCCCUGCCCAGUCAGAUUGAGCUGAGUCAGUGCAAGGCAAGAGUCUGUGAGGGGAGUGAGGUCCUGAGAGCUUUGCUUGACUUUUAGUUCGGCAAAUGCUCACUGAGCUUGAGAUGUGCUGAAAACUGGAAAAAUAAUCAUAAACUGUCUCGCCUCAGAGAAGUGUAUUUCAAUAGUUGUCUGUAUAUCAUGGGAAUGAGCUGUACCUUUUCUUGGCAAAUAUUUUCUUGAAUGGAGUAAGAAAGGAAAGUUCUGUCACAAUGAUCUCAUUUUGUUAUUUUUAUCCCCCGUUCUGCACUCAUUUCAAUUGAUGUCACCACACUUUUGUCGUGAUCUAACAGAUUUGUCACGUGAUUUGUGUCACCUACAGCUUUUUCAUUUGAAAAAGGAAGAAGACAAAAUGUGCCUCAGAAAUAGAUGGUGUCAUUUGUUUCGCUCAAUAAGAGCUAUUUCUGUCCUCCAUACAGCUGGGUUGUCAGUUUCAGGAGCUGCUUUUUAAGGGUGUUGCCGUCGUGUUUUUGUUUAUUCAUCAGGGAACAGCUUGUUUGCCAUUGCUUGCCCGGUUCACGAAUUAAAAACCAUACAUAUUCUGACCAUUUCAUGAAUCAAAACUCUGAAAAGAGAAAGUUUUGUCUUUUGAUAGAUAUUUUCCUCAUAUUAUAAAGAGAUGAGGGGGAAAAAACAUCAGAUCUGAGCAUUUUUUAGUAUCAUUCUUACAGUUUUAAUGACUUGGUUGAAUUGAAAGGUUUGGAUCCUUUCUGAGCAGUGUUGCUCGUCCUCAAAACAUUUAACCAUUCAUUUUAAAAGCCGGUUUUAGUUCCUAUUCAGACUUUCACAGCUGUCCAUCCUGCGUAUUUAGUUUUAUUGUCAUUUAGUUGUCACUGUUUUGACUCCUCUGAAAUGUCUUGGAAAAUGAGUUGGCCAUGGCUCAUUAACUUUGAGACUACUGCAAACAGAUUGGCCUGCUAUCUGUUGUCUGCCUGUUGAACCGUGUACCAGUGUCAGUCCUGACUGCUUACAGAUCUAUCAGCAAUGAGGUCUGGGGCCUAGUCGGUGGAUAGAAGCAAUUUGUGGGGAUUUAAAAGCAAAAUUGUCCUGAAAGCGUCCAUUUUCAUUAUUGUGCGGAGGUAACAUUAAUGAGAUCACUCACCUAAUUAAUGCCAGAAAAGUGCCCUAAUCAGUGUCUGGGUGAGUUAGCAGCAGCAUGGAGAGUCAGCUCAGGUUAGUGUUAAAGCAGUCAGACUCUCAGCCUGUGUUGGCUGGGUGGUCUGUGUCCAGAUGGUGAGAUUGUACUUUUUUUCCUUUGGUCCCACUGUGAGGCGGUGAGGAUCAGGAGGAGCCCCGUCCAGAGCUUGUCCACACUCAUUAGGCAGCGCGGCCACAGAGACACCCAUGGUUCUGUGUUUGUGUCUGUGUCUAUUGGCGCGUGUGUCAUCUUGUUUAUCAGUGCGUGCCGGUUCUUUCGUUUGGCCUUGUUUCACCGUCACAGCUCCCUCUGUGCUACCUCACAGGGACCACCACUAAGACAAUAUGAUUAGCAUGUUUGUGUAUGUCCACUCACCACAUGGAGCACAGAAGCUGCCUGCUAAUGACGAUGCCUUGUGUCCCUAAACCUUUUAGUCAUAUUGGAAUGUGGGGCAGUCUUGGGCGUGCUCGCUAAAUAUUUUCCGAAUUACUUUUUCCAUUAGUUUAUUAGCGGCACAAGUAUGUCAUCGUUCAUCCCCAUCUGGCUUCAUCAAAGCACCAUAAUUGUGUCAGUGGGCGUUGAUGCUCCACUCCCUUUAUAAACAGUAAAUAACGAUGGAAUAAAUGCUGACCAAUUUGCUGUGGAUCCUCCUUUUUUUCUAGAUCCCUUACAGCCAAUGAGCUAAAUUGCUUUGAAUGCUUAUUAAUGUGACCCACUAUGGUUAAAAGACUCCAGUGAGUGUGUCUCUCCCCUAGGUCAUUAAGGAGGUUAAAGGCGCAGCUCAUUAGCAGGCAGCUCCAUAUCUGGUAGGCUCCUUCUCUUUGAACUUCCUGGAACGUUUGGAUCCCUGCAGGCAGGGUGCAGGGAUCGGUGUGAUGCAGGCGGGAGUGCCCCAUCUGGCCCCAGGAAGUCAGCAUAUCUCUGUACCUAAAUUCAGCCUUACUGUAGACUGCAUGAUCUUUGCCUUAAGCAUGUGUCAUGGUAGCUAAGAUUUGCAUAAUGAGGCUGCUCCUGUGAUAACAGAGGUGAUUUACAGUAAACCCAUGAAGGAAAUAUAUGCUCCUGUAAAACUUCAACUUUAACCCUCAUACUGACAUAAUUAGAGCAGCAUAAUCAGGGCAGUCUCCUCUCUCUUUAGUGCAGCAUGAUAAUUUGUGACCUUAAAUAGUGGUUUCAGUUCUUUAUAUUGUGCUGCAGUAGGUUUGUCAGUUUUUUUAGGUGUGGCUAAUGUUUGACUGCUGCCUGUUCACAUACUUCCGUCUCUAUACAGAUGUUUAUAUUUUAUAUUUCUUGUGUCAUCUAAUCAUGAUUAGAGACAAUUUGUCUUCCACGUCAUCUAGAGUGGGUUUGGCAAAACAUAAAAAACAAGAGGGGUGGGAGAAAAAAAACGACUCACAUAAGUAUCGGGAUUUUUAUGUUGUACAAUCUUUAAAUCGAUCUUUAUGUUCAACUGCAGCGGGGUGACGCAGCUCAAGUAAGAACAUUUAUGAUGAUUACUUCAUGGAAAUGCAAUCAGCGGUGCAAAAUGAUUAAUAUGGUGAUGAUAGUAAUGAUCAUAAAUGUUUUGCUAUCUCUGUAUUGCUAUCUGUGGUCUUUUCUAAAGUUGGUAACUAGAAAAGCAAGCAGUCGGCAACAUUCAUCUCUUGACGGGGUGUCUAACUCUGUGUUACUGUGUGUUUGACCCUAACUUAAUUUUUGGCCGGAAUAUCCCUUUAAGAAUAAAUCUUAAAAACUGACUUACAUGUGAUGUGUAAUUUUUAGGGAAAUAUGGUUCCUGGAAUAGUCAGUAGACAAAUAUAAUCAUUCAACUGUUUUACUGGUGUUAAAAAUGCAUACUAAAACUCGAGAAAAUCGACUAUCAUAGAAUCGCAAUUUAAAUCGAAUCGGCAUCCAAAAAAAUCAUAGAAGAAUCUAAUCGGGGGAAAACCAUAUUGUCCCAGCCCUAAGAAACAUAGUGUGGAUUGAGUUGAUGUUAUAGUAAAUGCAAAAGCUCAAUCAGAGAAAUUCACAGUCCCCUGUAAUGGGAGAAUGUGGCAGCUCUAUGAUAGACUUUUGAACUGAUUUCUCUGGGGGUAGGGGAUGACCCUCUUCGGUCCUUGCUUAUUUUUUCCUCAGCUGUAAAAAGCUCUCUUACUGUUUUUGCUCUGGUCUUACAUCUUUCUCUGUGUGUUUCAGUCACGGCACUUCUGAGGAAGCUGAAGCAACAGUCCAGGGAAAGUGUGGAGGACAAGAGGCCCAAGCUGCUGAAAGCCCUAAAAGAAGUAAACUCACUUUUCUGAUCUGUUCACAUUAACAGUAUUUCUGCUGCUGCUGCUGCUCUUCAUAUCUUCAGUUUUUUUCUCUCUCUCUUCAUCAGAUCUCCCUACAUUUAAUUCUACUCACAUCUAGCUCUCUUUUCAUGUCAUCUUUUUUUUUUCCCGACUUUGCAGUCAGCGAAGCGCAUACGCACAGAGUCAGCUAAAACAGAUCCACUCUCGCAAAUAAGCAAAAUUUCCUCCCAGACGUGGGUCAAGUUUGUUAUUUACAAAUUACUGUCAUCGCAAUAAUACAGCAAUGCCACAAAGACACCCAGCAGUGUCAACAAGUCAGACUGAAAGAUGCAGGGUUUAGGGCUAAAUGACACCUCGCAGUUUUGCAGCCGCCUGGCCUGACAUCAUAAGUGUACACACGCGAUGUAAACCGAGCGGAGGCACAGUUAUACUUAAGUGUUUGUUAUGGCUGUCGGCCUUUGUGUCACGAAUUUAUCAUCCUGUAAGUAUUUAGUCAUGAGCUGAUUGGCUUAUAUAUUUUUAUCGUCAUUUUAUGUGGUCAAAGCUCACUAAAGAUUCAGCUUCUUUUAGUACAUAUACCCCCAGAGUCUUAAAGUUCAAAUCGUCUCACAUUUGGCCCGGAUUGUGUUCGCAACAAGGGUAUUCCCUCCCUGGAUGACGAUGCUGAGGUGUCAGGCAUGUGAUAUUUAUUAACACUCUUAAAAGUGAUAUAGCUUAGAGAAAUGAGGAUCUCUCACCAGCCUGACAUUAGAACCGAAGGCCAGAUUGGUAAAAUCUGUCCACACCUUCCUGCUUCCUAACAGGAUAAGACUAAUCAAGGCUUGUCUCAUUAUGCUUUUGUUGGACAUGUUAACCAGGAGACUUUGGUGCUGUAUUUUUAUUUCAUAUUCUGCAAAGGACUCCUGCAUAGUGUUUGUAAAAUUGUUAAGGCUUCUUUUUUUCCAGUGUUGUCUCAGAUGAAGAUAAAAACAACAGGAUAAAUGGCCCUUCAUUUCACUUUUGUCUUCUGUCUUUGCAGCUCGGAGACUUCUACUUGGAGCUUCACUGGGACUUCCAAAGUUGGGGUGAGUCAGACAUCAUCUCCUGCUGUCUUACUAGACUUUUGUUAUCAUUGUCCAUCAGGAAGUAAACCAAACUCCAAAAAAAUAAAACCUCUCAUACUGACAAGAAAAUAAGAUUAUCUGAGUUUCUGUUGACGGACUUUGACGUCAGGAGUCACAGCCUGAGAACAACAACCCUCUUGCUGAACACAAACUGACACUCUGUCUCCCAGUUUGUUAGACAGUGCGUUUAGUGAUGACGUCAGCAACAUCUGCUGAGACCAGAAGCCGAGUUUGUUCCCCGGUGUCAUUUAAUGUAACUGUGUGCUGCUGGUAAAUAAAUACGUCGAGCAGAUGAUGCGGGACUGCAGAUCACAUGUUUUCACUCACUGUGGUGCAGCAUUUGCUGAGUCUGCUCAAGUCUGACCCCAGUGUGAGCGCCAGGACUGGAUUCUGUGAACUCAAUGUGUUUGUGAAUUAUUGACGAUGUGGGCAAGAUUAUGUAAUCGAAGCAUGGUAGCAGAUAAAUGUAAACCGGUUGUGUAAUCGUACAUUUGUAAAUGGCAGCUGUCUUAAAGCAGAAGACUUAAGUGUAGUAACAGUGGUCCUAAAAUGUCAUUGUGUUGGAUAGAAAGCCAAACUGUUUAGUGCUUUGUGUCAUCCUCAGAGCUUUAAAAAUACCUCUUUAUAUAAGACAGAACAACAAAUACCUCCUUGCUCAGUGUGGUUUAACCAAGAGAGGACUGAGUUAUUAAAGAUUCAGCUGCACAACUUUAUCACUUUAUGUACCAACUCCAGUCUACAGAGCUAUAUGCUACCAAGGCUUUGAGGGCGUCAGUGAUUUUCAUUAUUGAGUGUGCUUUCUAAAUUUAGACGUUGUUUCACAUUUUCUCACUGUUUUGUUUUAUGUUGCAGUGCCUUUGCUCUCCAGAAUCCUGCCUUCAGACGCCUGCAAGAUCUACAAGCAAGGCAUCAACAUCAGGUAAGUCCCACCUACUAAUGCGAACGUGUGAUUUCUGCAGGGAGAUAACACAGCUUUUUGUUGUUUUUAAAAACUGUUUUUACAGAAGCACAUGGUAUUUAGGAUAUAUUUAUGAAUGUGUUAUGUUUCCCUGCACAUGUCAACCUCCUUCCUCCUUCCAUCCUUUGCAGUAUUUUCCUCCCUAUCCAUUCACUCAGCCUUGUGUGGUUAACACGGGUGUGUAAUCAGAGCCUGACAUAUUGAUGAAGCUGAGCAGCAGUGUCGAUCUUUUACUUCUGUGUUUCUAUUUCAAUCAGAGCAUCACUGAAGGACAGUUAAAAGAGUAUAUUCUGCUUCCUCUUCCUCUCACAAAAGGCAUCAGCAAAAUUGGUCACACUCUGACUUAUGCUGACAAAACGGUGAACCUGCAGUGAGAAUCCAGUGAGAAUGCUGCGUAAAAUCGUCCUGUGGGGGAAAAAAGCUAACUCCAGGCUCUCACAGAUGGGGCAUAUGCACUCGUUGACACGGAGAUAUGAGUUUUAUAACAGGGUCACAUAUGCAACAAACAAGCUCAGAGCCUUACUAAGUACUUACACAGAUUCAUCUGGAAUUGGAUGUGAUAAAAUAAUUACUCUCUCUUUGAAAAAUCAGAGCUGAGAGUAUACAAUAGUUGUGUACUGCUCCUGCAUGAGAUAUCCCUGAUGUGGAACUCUUCAUUAUUCUCUGAAACUGCUCCUGGCUGUCUCAUUUGGUAUUCAAAAUGUCCGCUUAUUAUCCCCGAGCUGCAGGGAGAAACAGAGAGAAAGAGUGUGUAAGAAACAAAAAAAAACUGUCACAGCAUGUUCAUUUACAUUCUCCUGCUACGAUGUGUCAGGCCUGUCAUACCUACCCACAGCACCUACCACUUUGUGUCUGUCCUCACAAACACAUUAGCGAUUCUCUUUGCUGUCACGCCUUAUUUCAGGACUACUCACUUUCACGAAGUUCAAAAAAAGAUUCUUGAAACACUUUGUUGGUCUGCCAUGGCAAUGAUUACCAUAAACAUUGUCUCUAAACUUUCAGGGCAAAGGUGUGACGCUCAUUGCGCUUUUUUUCACUCCCACUUUUCUGUGCAAGUGUCUGAUGUUAAACUUCAUGCAACCCUAUUGCUGUCUUACUAUUUCCUGUUUUACUAUCAAUUAUACAUCAACAAUGCCAACUCUAUAUGGGCUUCUUUUCUGUGUGUACAGAUUGGACACCACCUUAAUAGACUUCACAGACAUGAAGUGUCAGCGUGGUGACCUGAGUUUCAUCUUCAAUGGCAAUGCCAUCCCCUCAGAGUCUUUUGUUGUGCUGGACAACGAGCAGAAAGUCUACCAGCGGAUACACCAUGAGGUAAGUUAGACACUUGCUAAUAUUACAUGGACUAAAGACUCCCUAGCAUCCCCUGGUGUUUGAAACAUGCAUCACCAACAACACUUGGAGCUUCAACUGAAAAUAACUGAAUCACAUAAUGAUCAGUCAGUGAUUUGAUUUAUUUAUAUGCAAUAACUUUCUUAACUCAAUUUUUUAUCUAUGAAACAUCUGGAAAUUGCUUCACUGUUUCUCAGAAAUGUGCAGAUGCCUGAUUUAUUACAACCAACUGUUCUGAAGUUAAACGUGUACAUGAGACAAAAAACUGAGCUAAAACUAGGAGACUAGUGUUAUUUUUGCCUCAAAAUGUCCAUAAGGGAGGCUUAUGAUCUUGAAAUACCUGCAUUUUUGGAUAAUUGACCUAAUUUUUUUUAACUUUUUUAUUCAAGAGAAUAAUAGAUUGCCACUUAUCCUGAUGCCAAAGGUUAUGCUUUUUUCAAAGCCAAACCCAGAACAGUAAAACUAAACUCAGAUCAGGUUUGAUGGUAUUAAUAUUGCAGCAAUAUUUGUGUUCAGUUUUUACUGUUAUUAAGAAUUCAAAAUUUGACUGUGAAUGUAUGUCUGCACAUUUUUCUCCUGACAAUUUCUUUUUUCAGCUACACCGAAAUCCUUCAUCAUUAGAACCUCCUAAACAAAAAUCUUCAAUGACUGACAUUUCCUUAACUAACUAGACUGAGUGUGUUUUACCAAAUAACCUUGGGGAAAACUUUACAGCUUUGCAAACUCGGAGACAUAACUACAUGAAUUAGAUGCCCCAAUGUUUGAUUAAAUGAUGCAACUUUUAUCUAAAUGCUCUGGGAAAAUCUGUGUUUAAGGUGGUUUUCACAUGUGGAGCCCUGAAUGAUCGCAGAAAUUCUUUACUCUCAAAAAGAUACAGCACCCCCUCUAAUCUGUGUCGAUUCAUUGAUUGUUUCUAACAAUGGUUUGUAUUUUCAGGAGUCAGAGAUGGAGACAGAAGAAGAAGUUGAUAUUCUGAUGAGCAGCGACGUGUACUCCGCCACACUCUCCACCAAGUCCAUCACCUUCUCCAGAGCACAAACUGGCUGGCUGUUCAGAGAAGACAAGACGGUUGGUCUUUGUUGUUGUUGUUGAUCAAUAGAUGUUGUUAUAAUUAUGAUUUCUAUCAUCACCGCUGUUCAAGGUCAGCUGUGGGUCACAGUGUUUGACUUGUAAAAGAAUAUUGAUACCUGUAUUUUUUAGCUUGUUUACGACUGUCAACAACCCAGAUGGAUCUACCAUUGUCCUGACCUUUUCAUGUUCUGCAGUCUUGUUUUGUAUUAUAAAUCAGGUGGAUGUGACACUCUUCCUUUGGCGUCUCUCUCUGAGGGGACUUAUCUAUCUUUUUCCUGUACUCCCUUAGGAGCGUGUGGGAAACUUCCUGGCUGACUUCUACUCUGUCAACGGCUUGGUGCUCGAGUCCAGAAAGAGAAGGGAGCAUCUGAGUGAGGAGGACAUCUUGAGGAACAAAGCCAUCAUGGAGAGCCUGAGCAAAGGAGGGAACCUCAUAGAGCAGAAUUUCGAGGUGAGCCGGGCAUCGAAUACACAUGAGUGUCACUUGUUAUUCAGCAGCAGUGAUGCGAGUAAGAAGAGAGAGAGAGCUGUUCUAUGAUUGAAUCAAAUUAACAGCUUCCCGGAUCAUCACACGUGAUGUGGUUACAAGGUUUAUAGGGCCUCAUGGAGCAUCAUAUCCCUAACAUCCUGCUAUGGAUUGUUACAGAGCACACAUGGAUGCUGAAACCAUGAUAUGACACAGGAGAAGAUAAUGUUUUUAUGCACUGUAGCUCAGUCUUGUAUUUUCAAUCUGUACAUCAUAAGUGAGUCAAGUUUCUUAAAACUAAAAGAAAAUAGUUUGGAAACUAUGAAACAAAAGGAACAAAAAUCACUGACAGAAAAUGUCUUUAUUUAUAUAACUGACAUAGAGAAUGGUCUGCUUUCUUUUUCGUAUUCAUACCAUUGGCUGUCUUUGUAAUAUAUUGAAGUCAUACUUGUUUGGAUGCCUCUGUGUGACUGUUUGGCCAAUCAGUGAUCAGUUCUGCAAACCAGGACCAAAUAGUUCCUCGGUUUUCUGACUGUACAAGUAGAGCAAGAACUCUUUAAGACUUAAAACUAUCCUGCAUGAGCCUCACAUAAACUUUAGCUUCAUUUUUUAUUCUCUUGUUCGAAAGUGAAGUCCUCCUUUUGGGAUAAUUGUUCUGUCUGUGCUGAUGAUUAUUUGUGACCAGUCUGUUCAUGUCAUGUGGGUUAAACGUUGGUUAAACUUGGUUCGCUGCCUUCUUGGAGGUUUUCUUUGUAGAAAACAUAAAAAAAAAUUGAUGGCAAGUGACGCGCAGCUGUACAGUCACAGCAACUAUCCAAGUUUCAAGGCAUUCUGUGACUCCAAAGAGAAAGCACUGCUCUGUGGAUGAAUACCUGUGUACUUAUACCUGCAGCAUAACCACCAGUCCAGCCCUGAAACUGUCCUGUCUCGCUGGAACCUUGGGGUAGGACAUGACUCUCAGCCUAAAUAAACCUCACAGUUCCCACUACCUUAUCUGUCCAAAGAUAAAUCCUGUAGAAACAGCAUGGACCUCCUGCCAGACUCUGUCAGUCAGCUCUGCAUGGUUUAUUGAGAAAUUCCUGUCUGACUUCCCUCCAUGUUGCUUUUAAUGAUGUUUUAUUCAUUACAGACAUGGAAUUAAAACAACCUCUCCUCUCUGUCACUGCUACUGUACUGUAUGUGAGAUAGGUCCACCACUCCCCUUGUCCACCAUGCAUGGGUGUUCAGUCCGAGCACUGCCACCCUGUGGUGAAAGCUGCAAAGCUGCACUUUAUCCACAGAGAUGGUUCUCCCUCUCACCAUUCCCCUUAUCAUAGUAUGUUCCAGAGUUUGCCUCCCGAGCCUUUGUCUAAACAUUUAGCAUAGAGGCAGCCGCACAGUGAAGACAAAGCCCUGUAGCAGUCAAUAGAUGUUUUGUGUCGACUCUCUUAUGUUCUGUGGCGGGGCUUUGUCCCAUCGGUGUCCGCGGUGUCUCUCACUCUGUUUGCACUUGUUUAAAUCAGUGCACACUCAUCUUGACAUUGAACCAGCUGUGUUUCAGAGGGUAUCCAUGUGGACAACCCAGAGGGGGAAUGAUACAUGGAGGUUGGUAAGAGGAAAGUAAGCAGCUGUGGUGACGUAGCCGUGUUUACCACAGUGAGGGGGAGCAGUUUUGCUCCCCGCCCGUGGACAUAGGAAAGUGUGGGGGGAGGAAUUCGAAAAGGGCUCGACACUAUUGAUCACAUGGAUGAAGGCUAAAACCCCUGGUGCCAUGGAAUGAUAAAGGGGCGGGACUGGCAUACCAGCAGGCCAGGGCCUCAGCUCUGGCGUGUGUACUCUGUCCUCGUCACAACAACACGCCAGAGCUGAUACACGCAGCGUGAGAGAGAGUGUACUUCACAAGGCCACAGUCCACAGUGAAAACAUUAAAAACAUUUCUGUCAUGGCUGCAGUGUUAGUGGGGAUGAGGAUGUUGUAUUCAUUUUUAUUCGCAGUGAAAACAGUUGACUCUUGGCACAGCCGGCGUCUCGUCUGCUACUACAUUUAUCCACAUUAUUCUGCCCUAGUUAACCAUAUUUAACCAUAGCUUUCAGAUAGAGGUCAGCUGAUGUUCUGUUCAAACUUUGGCAAGAUCAGCAGCUUAAUUUCAGGAGAACUUCUGUCUAAGGGGGCGCAGGAUGGGACUCAUCCCUGUUCGUUUUCAGGACCUUAGGGGACAGAUAGCAGCUUAAAAUAAAUUGUCACCCAAUGAGGACUCUCGGUUUAUUCAGGAAGGCCAAGCUGAGUCAUUUUCCUGAGGAUGUUUGGAUGAUUUUUAAUGAGGGGCAAAGUGUUCCCUCCAAAACACCCAGAUACAGAGAAGAAGGUCUCAUUUAAUGUUGCUUUGCCACGGGGUAGACUCUCAGUGGAUUGUAGAGAAUGAUCGCUGAUGUAAAUAAAUUGAAUAGACCUUUUGUUCUUGAAUCUUCCUGUAAAGAAGAGUCAAACUGAUUUCACUCCCAAUGCUGACUGACUGAUAAUCUUUUGGCGACAGAAAACAAAGAGCCGAGUUGUUCAGCCUCAGUUUGUAAAGCUGAGGUGACCUGAGGAGGAAUAGACAAAAGCUUUUCAGUGUGAAUGCAAAAAGGGGUCAAGAGGAAAUCACUGCCGUCACUAACCUGUAGUCAUUCAGUUUAAAGGCUUGUGUCUCUGAGAGGCUUAGUAGGCCAAACAGAGGUAACUUAGUGUUUGGUGAUGUGACAGGGCCCUCUAGUGGCUGAGCUCGUGCAUGUCAUAUCACAGAUGGAGCACAGAUAUACUUGGUAGAUUAUCCUCAAUGUUACCCAUUUUGUUUUGUCUGUCAUCUCUGUGAACUUGGAACUUUGUUGUCUAUGUGGAUAAGUUUGUAAGUUUUGUGAUGAUUUAGUCAACCUUGAAUCUUUCUUGUCUUUGUGUCCUCUUCCAGCCGGUGCGGCGGCAGUCUCUGACUCCUCCUUCACCUAACACUAUAUCCUGGGAAGAAUACAUCACUGCUGACAAUGGAAAGUAGGUGUCUGUGUUAAUGUAAACUUCCUUUUUGAGCUUUUACAGGCUUAACUUUUAAAGGAAAAUGUCACAGUAAUAGAUAUAUCAGGCUUGAAAAUUGAGCAACAGUUGAGUCUUAUUAAAAAGAUAAGAAACUGAUUGAAACUGCUCACUCAUGUCAGUACUUAGCACAUUGUUUGUUGAUACCAAUGUCUGACUGUAUAUUUAUAAUCUAUCUUGUUUCAUCAAUAUUCACUCUCUGAUGAUAGGAAAUGAGUUCAAUGAGGGUAACUGUUUCCAUAGAAGCUCAUGAACCCAUCUUUUCAAGCGGCUCCACUUCAUCUGGCAAAUUUCUGCAUAAAACUGUUAACUCUUUCUAACAUGAUUUACACUCUAACAGUUUGAGGGUUCGUUUUUUUUUUCUCUGCAGAGCUCCUCAUCUAGGGAGAGAGCUGGUCUGCAAAGAGAGCAAGAAAAACUUCAAAGCCACGAUAGCCAUGAGUCAAGACUUCCCUCUGGGCAUUGAAUCGUAAGUCUUCACUUUAAGUUGGAAUCCACGCUGAUUUUUUUAAAAGCAGGCUGCUAAAAUCCCUCCUGGCAUGUGCACAGUGGUGAUAAGACAGGAUGUGACUUCAUUUGGCUAAGUAAUAAAAAACGAUUUUGUGUGUGUAGGAGUUAAUAAUUCCCUUCAUAAAAGUGCUUUGUUUCUUGUGUUUCUGCUUUGAAAAGCUUUGAACUCAUUUUUAAAUUACAUAAUCUCUGGUUGUUUGUGUGUUGACAGAGUGUUACGAGGACACUUGGCUAGAAAGCUUUGAAUUUUUACCUGUUGAUUCAAGUUAAAGAUUAAGAAAUCUACAAAAUGCUUUAAAAUCCAAGAUUGAUGUUCUUUAACCAGCAAUUGUCAUUGUAUGUAUUUCAGCUUUAAGUUCAUUUGUUUCCAGCCUUUAUCUUGUCCCUUUGUGUUUCAGGUUAUUGAACGUUCUUGAGGUCAUUGCACCCUUCAAGCACUUUAAUAAACUCAGGGAGUUUGUUCAGAUGAAGCUCCCCCCUGGCUUUCCUGUCAAACUAGGUAAGCAGAUAUGUUACAAACAACCACACCAUGUAAGACUGAUUAACAAAACACUCUAUGUGCGAUUAGUAAACCUAAAGCUGUUUUGGAAGUACAAAACCCAAUGAAGCUUGGAAGAUGUGUGAAUCGUAAAUAAAAAUGGAAUACAAUGAUUUGCAAAUCCUUUUCAACCCAUAUUCAAUUGAAUAUACUACAAAGACAACAUAUUUAAACUAUAUUUAAACACAUUUAUCACAAUUUCCCAACUUCAAUGGAAUUGGGUUUUGUAUUUUGCAGUGUUUCCAUUUUUUUCUCCUCCUUCAAAAUAAAAGGAAAAAUCCUGCAGAGAUGAGUUGGAAGCAUGCCUCACUUGUUAUUCUGCUCAUGUCCAUUUGCAGACAUCCCUGUCUUUCCUACGAUCACAGCCACCGUGACCUUUCAGGAGUUCCGCUAUGAUGAGUUCGAUCAGUCCAUUUUUACCAUUCCCAACGACUACAAGGAAGACCCCAGCCGCUUCCCAGACCUUUAACCCCUGACACUAGAAGAGGAAAUAUAGGCAACAUGAUACUAUGAAACAACUUUUAAAGUCUGUGUGUGUUGGGGGGCAGCUUUGGGGGUCUUAUCCCUCUGCAUAACGGGAAACAAGACUUCUAAUUCGGCAAGACAAAAAUUCUUCAUCUUCAUCAUCAGAGUGGCAGUGGCAGAGGGGUCGACAUCUCUUUCGCACAAAUAAGUGUUUUGCAGUGUACUGUUGCAGGGUCUUACUCUUAGUUUCAAAUUUGGUGAUGGAGCCGAGGCAGUGAGUGCAAAUAUCUUGUAUCUGAGAGCCUGUAAAUCUCGUCAGUGAAAGGGCAUUGAGGAUUAAAGGAGUAACAGCAGAGCAGGUGAGUUCUCUGCAUCUGGAGUUCAGACAGGCAGCCAGUUUCAGUGAUGCUUUGUAUGUAAGUAUGUAAGUAAUGUUUAUAAAGGGAACGUCUUCUACCUGACCUGUAGUAAAGCACUGACAUUACCGUGUGACACAUUUUGGGAGGAAUUCCACCAAAACUGACUUUUAAAGUUAUUUUUCACACUUUUGUAGGGUUUAAAAAGAAUAAGUUUCCGUUUAGAGGUUUUAAAUCUAUAAAAUGUUGGAUUGUACAUGUACACCUAUUACACAGGUGUGGAGAGAGGAACAUUCACAGUUUUUUACUCUUAUUAUUUACCAUUAUUAAAUUCAGAAUUGCUUCCAAAGAUGUUCAGCAAAGAGUUCACAAAGCUGUUGUUCAGUUUUGAAAAAUGAUAAGUGAAGCGGUCUCUUUUGUAGAUUAAAAAUCUAAAGACCUGUUUUUGCUGAGUUCCAUUUAAAAGCUGCACAUUGUAAGAUUGUGUGUGUGUGUGCGCGCGUGUGUGUGUGUUUUAACAUUAAAUUUCAUGGGCAUGGAGUAGCAUCACUGAAACUCUGGGCACUAUUCAGAUCCACUACAGUGACUCCACUGACUUCAGAGACACUUACUUAGUGAUAGUCAGCCCGAAACCCUGCAUUUGAAUUGUAAUGGUUUUAUUUGGGGCAUUUCGAGAAACGCUGCAAAUCUUCUGGUACCACAGUUUGCUCUUUCUUUGUAUGAGUGGUAGCAAGUAUACCGGUAUGUUAAAACAUGUAUGCCUUUUGUUUCUUACUUAGUAACCCUUGUAAACUAUGUAACAAACUGUACAAUCCAUCUUGAAGAAGAAACCUGGGGAUUGAUAACUAAGUAGAAAAUGGAGAGUGAAUAAAUGAUUACAUGUUCAUGCCAUUUUUACACGUAACAAGAACCAGGCUUUCCCUGCACAGUAUGUAAAUACAGCUUUGUACUUUCUGUUGUCUUUUUGUGUGCUGUGAGUUCAAGAUGUCCUCUACGGGACAGGAGGAGAGUUAGGGAUUUUUUUGUUUAUGUCACGUCAGUUUAUUUUAAUUUGAGGGUUUCUUGUUUGUAACAUGUUGGCAGUAGCUAUUUUGUACAUACUUGUAAUGUUUUAAAGAAACAAUGAAUCUCUUAA